UUCCAUUCCGUGUCUCUGGAAGCUUUUGCUAGUGCAAAAAUAUAGACGUCGUGUUGCGAUUUGUAUCGCGCAACAGAGAUCAAUAAUAGAGACCGAAGGAAGGUAUACGUUACGUAACAUAUGUAUCUCGUUGGAUCUUUUCAUCGAUUCUUCCAUAUUUCUAAUAGGACGAUUACGAUUGAAAUUAUUUAGCGGAAAUGGCUCGAUAGCGGUAAAUAAUGUAGAAAAAUAUGGAAGAAAGCGUAGCGCGUAGUGGGCAAGAACGAUGCGUCGAUCAACGGAAUCCUAUAGGAGGUUCGGUGACCUCGAUCGUACAACCGUUGGAAACGAAUUCGAUAGUGAAUUCCUCUUUGUUACUUUGCAUCGAUGUAAUCGAAGCAUGCGAGCAAACAAGAAACGACAUGGAUCACGUACAUUUGUCGUCGAAUCGAUUAGUUUUUUUUGUUGAAAAUGGAGAUUGAAAGGGAAACGUAAGACGAGCCGAAUAACGCAAUAGUAAAUGCAUGUAUGUACAUACAUGCAUAGGUUAUCGAUGACUGUUAACGCUCGUGAAAUUUCGUGACGAUUCAUGCGGUAUUCCGAGAUUUAUCGUCACGGCUAUGAUAAGCGAUGUUUUGCCCAUCCACGGCACAGAACGCGAUGGAUAAAUGGAACGAGGCACGAACGAGACACGAACCGGGUUGAGAAAAAUCGCCUAGAGGGUCGACGAUCGGCCUACCUACCGUCUAUCGUGAGGGAUAGAUGGUUGCAGAAUGCAAACCGUCGCACAGAUGGUUACUCGCGAUUUCGUGGAACACGAUGCCGGAACACGCGAUGUUGCGACAUAAUCUAGCCGUAGCAAGGUAGUAAGCUACCAGUUUCUUUCGUUUCUCGAGCCCUCACAAACGAAAGAGUCGGAGUCGGAGUCGGAGUCGGAGUCUGAUCAGCGUCGAUACUUGGCGUGCUGACACGAUCGGUGGUCCAACCAGAAAUUUAACAAGGCUAGUACACGUUUACGAAUCUUUAUUAGAGAAGAUAGAGAAAAAGUUGAUUCGAUUUCUGUAUUAUCAUAUACAUGAAAUGAAAUUCCCUUCGAGACAUCGGUUUGAGCCGUUAGUUUGUUUUCGCACCUUGUGCACAUACAUGUAUACAUACGUAUAUGCAUACCUCCUAUUUUUACCUAUGAUAUAGAAAAAACUUGGAUACUUUUAUGUAGUUUAAAGAUUCGGUGAGAGAAAAAUCUAGAAAGGAGGAAGAAAAAUCGAAGAAAUGACGACAGGACGCAUCAGUUGCAAACAAGAGGAGACGAGUUUGGAAAAUUCGUCGGAAAUUCCGAGAUACGGCAGCUUUCGAAAUAGAAGAACAUUCGGAAAAUACGCCAAGAUUUUCCGUAUAGUUUUAUCGAGAUGGAUAUCGAUUUACAGCCAACUUCGCGACGAGAAACUGAACGAAGAAGCCGAGGACGACGACUUGAUUUUGCCGAGCAACGAAGACUGGCGGCAUCGAGUCUACUAUAGAUUGGUCGAGUUGCAAAGAGAAUGCGAUGCAGAACUCGCGAUGAAAAGGGCCGGCGAGACUGGGCUAGAAAUGGAAUACCGAAAAAAUGAAAUGGAGCGGAUAACGACGGCGGAUUCGAAGGUGGAAGAAGAGCAAAGGAGCAUCUGGGAAUGGGAGCCAGAGAUCCGCGAGUAUCCUUUGAAAGUGAAAACGAGAAGUGACAGCAAAGAAUCGAGGGAAUCGGUGGCGAACGUUUGCGGUAUCGCCGGUUCGAUGACGGAAGCCUGCGUUCAGCCAGGUUGGCGAGUCAACGACAUCCUGUUGGCUGCCAAAGUUCUUGAAAGGGAUUCGACUGGACCCGCCUAUUCCGACGAGGCUGAGAUGCGUCGAGUGUUUGGUCUCGUUUACGACGUGCUUAGAUACAAGAAAAUUUUCAGCCGUGCCCUGAAGGAGGUACAAUUUUGGAGUCGCAACGACACCCUCAAGGAUCGAGAGCGGAUCGUUUGGUUGCUGUUGUACGAUAUGCAAGGAAGAAAGUUUGCGAGACGAGGCGAAGUUACCGCCGUCGAAGAGCGCGAGAAAAAGUUCGAGGCUGCAGGAUUGACGAGUAUCGAACAGGCACUUUUGAAGGUGAAAACUCAUCUUGCCGCGAGUAUUUCGCGCCUACGAAUCCGUGGCUCGGCUCUCAGUCUCGAUGAGCUGUUGCCGUCCCGUUUGCGUAUCAUCGAAGGUGUCGCUUGGGGCGAGGAAGCCGCGAUCGCUUCUGGAUGGAUCAACGGUAACAAGAUCGCUAGCAAGCAACAGUUCCAGGAAGAGAUGUCGAAACUGAAGUUGGUCCACUCCGAGAAUGGAGAGGCAACGGAGCUCGAGGAUACCGGUUACGUGUUUGAUUCCAUUUGUCCUAAAAUGAUUAACUUGCACGAAAAUGCACGAGAAAUAUUGGCAGUCUCUAGUCUCGUUCGCGAGCAUCGUUUCGUAUUUCUAGAAAGAUCGUUAUGCCUGGGUGCAGCGGCAUUGGCACGGGCGAUUCGAGUCGGCCGUUUUUGCGGACCGAUAGUUUUAACCCACUGCCUGGCGCCGCGGCACACCGGAUACCUGGCGGAGCUGUUGGGGGACAUCGAGGACGCCGGCAGACUGUUGGCUUUUGGUGCUGGCGAACGUGUUUGCGAGUACGAGACGUAUCUGAGAGAUCUCGGCGUGACGUUGCAACGAUGUCGCGUAUUUUCCGACAAAUACGCGUCGCAUACCGUGACGGCCGAGUUAGAGAGAGCUACCGUAGUUUUGGCGAUACCGCCGUCUAGUUAUACCGGUGUCAAAGAUAUCGUUGAUCUUGCCGUUGCUCGCGGAGGAGACACGGAUCUCCUCGAAUCGUUGACAAACGUCUGCGUCGCCGAGGACGACCAGGACGAACGCAAUAUCGAGCAGCCGCGAGCUCUGUUGGCCGAUCAAAUGUCCACGCUCAAGUAUGCUUUAACCAGACCGAACGUUCAGUUCCUGAUAUACGAAGCGCACACGAUUUUCCCCUCGGAAACGACAGAGAUGAUUCGGCAUGUGGUCGAUUACGUAAAUCGAAUAGCCGCGGAGAAGUACGUCCGCGAUCAUACGUUGAAAAAGAAGGCGCCAAAGGAAGGAAAAGAAUCGUCGAAAUCGAGCAAACCGGAGAAAAGUGAAGAAUCGGUCAAGGAUGACGGAAUAUCAACUAUUUCCACAAACGUUAACGUUCCGGACAGCGAUCUUUUCGAGGUGGGCAGCAUCGACGAUAUCUACGGAGAGAACGUCAGCCACAUGCUCGAUCCAGGAUGCUUUCUCGCUGUAAUAAAAAGAAAGGAAAUGAUGCAGUUCGACUCGUUGUUUAUGAUUAAGGUGGCGGAAUCCAAAGGAUUGUUUGGCGAUCCCAAGCAACGACGAGAGACGAAACGCGAACCGGUCCCUCUCGAUCCUUCUUCUCGACGAAACUCGUUGAUCGAUCCUCGCAAAACACCGAAACGCUGCAAGAUCGAAAUCGAACGAAUAAUGGCGCCCACGCACUCUUCGUUGACGAGAACCUCGAACGAAAAUUCGCUAUGUCCGCGGCAUCAGAGACGCCAGGCUUGCGGGUCAAGUAUUCGAGCAGAGGUACGCGAAAGAAGGAAAUGGAACGAACGUUAUCGUGGUCGGUGCCGAACAGACUCCGACGCGUCGUCGUCGUCGUCUUUCGGAUAUCGAUCGACGGAUGGAGAUUCGGGAACGUCUAAACUUCCGUAUCCAUGGAAUAUCGUGACUCCUCGACUUCCAUUGAUAUUCGAUAAUCGUUCAACGGUCGCGACCGGAAGCUUUCGGACUCGGGAUUCCAUCAAAAAUCCAUUCAAAAGACGCGCUCGUACGUCACGCGAUAUGACUCUUUCGCCGAUUACGUUAAAGCAGGAGUUGCGAGCGAUCUACUCGUUGUAUCGUACAAAUAUCUGUUCGGCUCGGUCCAAAGUAGACGCGUCCGAUCAACGAACGUUAGCGCUGCAAGAACAAGUCUCGCCGAUGCUGUCUAGCACGCUCAGCGUCGAACGUCUGACAGGACGCCAACUAAAAUACGCUAACGCGUCGAGUACGAUUCUGAGAUCACCGAUUCUGGCUCGAGCACUACGACGUAUCCCACUGGAAAACAAGAUCGAGGAUUCCGAGAAAGAAUACGUUGACCGAUACUCGAAGCCUGGUGCUGCUGGAUGGUGCCCGGUAUCGAGAAGAACGUUGACGUCGGCGUCGGCGUCGGCGUCGGCGUCGCGACUCGUUCGGCCAGGCCUACGCGAACGCGUACGCGUACGCGGUUUCAUCGAACAUGCACGACUUGCUUCUUACCGCGAUCGUCGCCAGCUAAAAACCGCCACAGCUCGACGGAUUUCUUCGGCCUGCCGUCACUUUUAUCAACAGCCGUCGGAUCCUUGA